UAUCAUUAAGCACAUGUUUAUCAAAACUAGUUCACUUGGUUAAGUGAUAAACAUAAACACACAAGAACGCGCAGUGUAUGGUGCUUCACACACUUAUUCUGACACGAUACGUAAUGUUUUUCUCAGUCAGCUAGGCUAAUGUUAUGCCUCUUUACAUUUUCUGUUGUUACCAGUAUGAUGUUAUUUUACAUUUUGAGAUAACGUUAGUCCAACUGAAUUAAGCACAAACUGGUUGUCUCGGUAUCAAGAAAAAUCUGUCCAGCUGUCCUCCAACUCUCAAGAUGCCAUCUUGCAAAAUGGGGUCAAGCUUGUACAGCUGACUACUUCUCUCGAUAGACAGAUUACUACGGGGAGCCUUCACUUCUUCAGGAAAUCAUUGAUCUUGACUGUAUUGGAUGAUUUCUGUCUCUGCAGCCAUCAGUUGUUCCAAGCAUCUUGUCGACUUUCACUGCGACAACUGCUGCAGUUAACUCGAGUCUUGGAGUCUUGGAACCUGUUUAAAGGGGACCACUCUAGACUUCCCCAUCACGAGGAACAAUGGGUUCUGCCUUGCUCAUUCACCAACACAAGGUAAGAUGCUGUGCCACAUGCGUUCUCACUUGCGUCAGAAAAAUUAUGCAACUGUGCUCCUAGUGUGUGUCCAAAUCCCUUAGGCUUAACGCAUCUGUUUAUGCUGAAGUCAAAGAGGUGAGUGAUAUCUUCCAGCCUCUUACACCAUUGAUUGGCUUGCCAGCCACUGAUUUAUUCAACCAUCCUUGCUUUUCCUUGCACAGGUCCCUCAAAAGAAGCUUGGCAGGAUUUACAACUGGUGCCAGGAAGCCAAGAGGGUUGUAGAUGGAGUUCACAACAGAAACAGAUACUUUUCCAGUCAUUGGCUUGUCCUGCAGCUUGAUGCUGUAUGCGGAUGCAUCAUCUUCUGUGCACCACUAUACACCAAGGGCUCGUUCAGUGAGUUGGGCAUCAUGAGUGAGAUCAAGCUCUUUUAGUUUGCUGGCUUGGUGUUCAGCAGGGAUGGAUGACAGGACUUUCCUGCUGUUGCUUACCCAUUUUGAGAACUGUUUCAACAACUUUCCAUCUGCUGACGUUCUCAGUAAAGCAUAAGAAGCAACGCUAGGAGACGAAGUCAAUCCAAAAAGGUGCACUGCCAUCCGGUACUCUUUAAUCAGUGCACUUAGGUUGCCGUCUGGCUAUCACUAAAAUCGCAAUAGGUCGCAUCUGCUUUUGGAACUCUCACCUAGUAGAACAUUGAUUCAAUGUCUGCCAUCAUCGCUAUUGGAUCUACACAAAACCUCACUAAGGCACCAAUGAGUAUACUGGUGAGGUCAGGUCCCUGCAGUAACUGUCCAUUCAGCAACACAUCCUAAAAUGAAGGCAUGCAGUCAAAGACCACACGGAUUGACUUUUUCGAGUGGUACACCCCGUGGUGUGGGACGUACCAGACCCUGUCCUCUUAGUCAAGCUGUUCUUGAGGAGCUUCAGCAGCGUAGCCUUUAUCAAGUAUGCUCUCCAUGAAGGCUUUGUAGUCUUCCAAGAAAUACUUCAUUCUUUCUCAGUUUUCUCUUCAGACUAGCAGCUUGCUGUUCUGCCACACAUAUGAGCAUGAGAGCAUAUAACUGCUUAUCAGCUUCUGUCCACCAGGUUCCUCUUGGCACAUUUUGUUCAACAAGAUCUGAGUCAGCUUUCCUUUCAUGUUCAGUUUCUUUCAGCGCUUCUCCGUUCAGAAUGUGGCUGUACUUUCAGCGUUCAUAAAUGCAUACGCUUACGGGAUCUCACUUUCACCAGCACAAUUGAUUAUAUACACUCUGUCUCUCUGGCCCCAGUGUAGCCAACUAUUUCAUGGGCAACAGACUUCUGAGCGCCUGAGACCUUCAAUUAAAAUGAAUUUAUCUCAAAUAAAUAUUCCAUCUGAUGUUUUAACAUAGGGUAUACUAAAUGAUGUCAUCCGAUGAUUUGCAUGUAAUCCAAAUGUAUGUAAUGAGCAAUUAUUAAACAUGAGAAGGCAAGCAUAACAGGUGCUUAUUCAUAACAUGAAAGAAUAGGCACAGUAAGAGCACAUGUAGUCUGAAAAAAAAUUAUUCUCACAUCGAAGAGAUUGUCAAAGGCUUAUACCACCCCUCUCAAACAAAAUUCAUACUGGUUGGGCUAGUCUAUUCAGAUCAAGGUGGUCAGUUGAUGCAUUAGUAGUCAGAUAUGGCUAUAAGUCCAAUUAUUAGUGGAAUACUAGAAUCUGUGUAAACACAGCUAAUGUAUGGUUAAUGUAAUCAGCACUUAUUUCUCACAACUGUUUUCAUAGAGAUUGCCUAGCCCUGUUAUGAGUUGUUUCUUCAGUGUAUGUUGUAUUUUUGGUUGGUUUUGUCUAUUUUGUGUAUAAUCCAUUAUUUACUAUUUUGUGGUUGUCUUGCUUACCUAAAUAUUGUGAAGUUGUCCAAGCAUGAGGCUUUGGGUGUGGAAAUGGCCGUUUUGUCAUCUGACCGCCAAAGGAGCCACUGACUUCUUGACUCAACACACAGUGAACUUCACACUGCAUUUCAAAGAGUCGUCGCAGUCCGUGGUCUGCUGAGAGCUGAGCCUAACAGGUCUGUGCUUAGCUAAACCCAGUCCAGUCUUGCUCAGCAAAUAUUGAAGAUCUCAUCAUGAGAAGGUGAAACCCUGCUUUCUGGAGGAACAAUGGAAAAGGAUUUCCUACAGCCUGUGGACAUUUGCCAAUAGUGGUGAAGACAGGGAUGCUCCUACUUGAUGAACAGACGUAUGAUGACAAUGAAAGCUAUUUGGUGAUGCAUUUGUGGAAUGUAAAGCUUCAAUGUCAGAUAUCCUGUGUUUAAGUUAAUGUUUGGUAAAAGGAGGUAAGGACAAGGCUAAUACUGAAAGCUUUGUGAUAUUUUUUACAUAUUCUCAACAUCCUGUCAGAAUACAACCCACUGGAGCUGAACGUUUGCAGCAAAUUGUUUUGGAUAAAAAAUGUCACCUUUUGCUGGACAGUUAUAUGAGUGUAUUCAUUUUUUCACUAUAUACAAAGGAAGUAAGAGGUGCAGUCAAGUUGAAUGUACACAAUGCAUCCCAAAAAGGAAGAGUUUUCUUCAGCUAUUAACAGGAGAUCAACAAGUGUAUUGAUUCUUUUACCAAGACUGAGAGACCAUUGCACCAUCCACCCAAUCAUCUAGCCAUAUGGAGCUACGAGAGAACCGCGGGUCAAUGGGUGGCCAGGGGUUAGGGUUCAGCAUCUCAGGCACCGGGAUGCCAGCCAGUUCCAUAAUAAUGGCAGUGCGGCAGCAGGAGUACUCAGCCAGCGUCUGGCUUCGAAGGAGAGAAAAACUGGAACAUUCUCAGCAGAAGUGCAUUAUGAUCUUUGCCUUGGUGUGCUGCUUCGCAGUACUGAUGGCGUUGAUUUUCUCAGCUGUGGACAUUUGGGGCGAAGAUGAAGACGGGAUCACAGAGGAUAACUGUAGCAAGAACUGCAGAGCAGUGCUUGUGGAGAACAUCCCAGAAGACAUCUCCUUCUUAGACAAUGCUACAUCUCACCUCCCUCUCUCAGCGGGGCUGUACAACUUACUGGAUCAAGCUAUCCGGGUCGUAGAGAUAGUUUCCCCGCUGUGGCUCCUCAACUCCUCCGAUUAUGAAUCCAGCUUCCAACCUGCUGCCAGACAGGGCAGGGCUCUGCUGUCCAGGCUGCAGGGGCUGAAAGCUAAAGGAAUCCAGUUGAAGAUCUCCAGCGGGAUGAUUGACUCGACCGAGCUCAGUACACUCGCCAGACACAAUGCUGAGGUCCACUAUGUGAACAUGACAGCGCUGACCAAAGGCCACCUCCUCUCCUCCUUCUGGGUGGUCGACAGGAGACAUUUCUACAUCGGCAGCGCUAGCAUGGACUGGAGAUCUCUGGCCACAAGGAAGGAGCUGGGUGUGUUGGUGUACAACUGCAGCUGUCUGGCUCUGGACCUCCACAGAGUGUUCAGCCUCUACUGGGGGCUCCAGUAUAAAGACUUCAUCCCCUCCUUCUGGUCCAAGCGCCUCUUUGCCCUCUUCAACAGAGAUACACCACUGAACCUUACUCUCAACAGCACAAAGGCUCAGGCCUACGUCUCUAGUUCCCCAGAUGUUUUUAUCCCUAAAGAUCGUAGCAAUGAUCUUGAAGCCAUUUCCAGGGUCAUCCAGGAGGCCCGCCAUUAUAUAUAUAUCUCCAUCAUCGACUACCUGCCCCUCCUCAGCAGCAACGCUCACAGGUACUGGUCUCGUAUUGACGGUCUUAUCCGGGAAGCUCUGAUCCUGAGGAAGGUCCGGGUUCGUCUGCUAGUAAGUUGCUGGGAAAAGACUGAUCCACUUACUUUCAACUUUAUCUGGUCCCUGAGGAGUCUGUGCAUGGAGCAGGCCAACUGCUCACUGGAAGCUAAGUUUUUCAACCCCAGAGUGCAGAGGGACGGCAGUCUCCAGGGGAUAAACCACAACAGGUUUAUGGUGACAGACCAAGCCAUUUAUUUAGGUAACCUUGACUGGGUGGGGAAUGAGUUUAGCUUUAAUGCAGGAGUAGGCCUGGUGAUCAGUCAGCCAGAGGGCAUCGAGGACAGGAACUCUACAGUGGUGGAGCAGCUACGGGCUGCGUUUGAGAGGGACUGGUUUUCACAUUACACCCGCUCACUGCAGGCCAAUAAGAUCCCCUGCAACAAGCACCAGAUCAACAGGCUGGUGCCAGUCAAAACUAGCCACCUAGACAAUGGACCAGUGCCUAUCAGAACAGGCCAUCCUGAUAACGGACCUGCACCAAUGAGAAACAGUCACAAAGACGAUGAACAGACACCAGUUAAAACAAGGCACCAUAACGACAGACUAAGCAAAAUUAAUCGCCAAGGCAUGGCCAGUGGACAUGUGCCAAUUAUAGACACUUACCAAGAGAACGGACAAGUCAAAAUGAGUCACCUUGACAACGGACAGGUACAAAUCAAAGAUAAUCACCAUGACAAUCCAAUGGAUCCACCCAGUCAGUCAGCUGAGAGCAGUGGCAGCAGAGAGAUCUCCAACAGGUUCCUGUGACCACAAAGCAUAAUAGGUUCCUUUUUUACUGAUGUUUGGAGAACUGCUUUUUUCCAGUAACAACAGACUUAACACACUGGGUCUUUGUAGCAUUUUAUUAUUGCCAUUUUGAAGAAAACUUUGAAGAUUUAAGUAAUAUCUGGUUUGCAGGAAUUGAUAAUGUGCACGGAAGAACUCAGGAAGGAAAGUCUGGCACUUUUGAUGGAUUUUUUUUUUUUUUUUAAAGAAUGCAACCAAAACAUUUUGGUUUAGAAGAAAUACUGGUUAAUAAUUAAAACACUGUAAUAAAAACUUAGAAUAUUGCUACUUAAUCUUUUUUUCUCACAGAAGAAAUCGUAUUGAUUCCCCAAUUAUUGUAUGUCACUGUUUGUGGCAGUCAUAAUUUAUCACCCCUUAAAAUGGGGAAUGACACCUGCAUGGCUAUGCAGAGAUGGGAGGCAGUGCAACACGUGUAGCUACAUUAAGCAUUACAAAUACACUCUAAAGUAGCGAAAGUAGCGACUACACAGCUUUACAUGUUGUGGAUUUCUUAUUGCCUCUGUACUAAGAUUGGUAGUGGGUAUUUUGGCCUCCUGCAAAUAGUUUUGUGCAUCUCCAGCAGUAUACUGACAAUGUUACUGUGCAUUCAAAUAAUUACUUAAAACUGUAAACUUAUUUAUUACCAUUGAUAACUUCAGAUCUUCAUCUCAAACCAAAUCAACCUGAAACCAUCUGUUUAAUAAACUCUUACAUCAGGUCAAACAUCAUUAACAGAAACCGAUAACCUCAUGUGGCCCUUCCACUAAUGGCAAAACAUUGCCAUUAGUCCUGUAAUGGAAAAAACCACAUAACUCAUUUUGAGUGCUCACCCACAGUUGAGGAACUGGGGCUAUAAAGGGAUUGAUCAAACCGUGUCCACCAUGUUUUAAUCUCAAUACCACAAGCACUAAACACUGUACAGAGAGCAGUUACCUAAUCCAGGACACGAUGCGUCAUAAAUCUCUCCACAGCAGGAUGGUGUAUAUCAAAAUGUUUUGUUUUAUGGAGGUCAUAAUUGAAUUAGAUGAUGCACCUAUUCUACUGUGUUUAUUACAUACCAAAUGUGCUAUGGCCUGGAAUUUUCAAUCAGACGCCACCAUUGAAAAACAACCACCACAUCAUUAGUUUAAGUCAAAGACGGGUAUUUUUCCCUGGAGGAAGAAGGGGCUAUUGAUCUGAAAGGGCUCUUAUAGAUAAUCAUUCCUGUUCCCAUAUACAAAUCCUAAGAGUGAUAGGUUGUCUAUAGUAUUCUUUCAAAUGCAAUGUUGUGACUUGCUGAAUAAAUACUAAAGGACCAGUUAAAAGAAGGGGCCAGAGGGUCUGUGCUGUCUGCCAAAUCAAUACAAUGAAUUUUUAACAGAGCUUGACAGUUGCUGCAGUUUAACCUCAAGGACAUGGUUGUCUGUAAUGUCAUGCCUGUGACUGAAUAGCUUUACCAUGUGGAGGUAGAGCUAAAAAUACAUGAUUGUUGGUUUAAAAAAAAAUGUACCCUUGAUUGAAACCUUGUAGCAAUUUGCGUUUGCAUUUUGAAUGAUUGCAUGUCAGUUUAAGACCUUUAAACACUCUUUGCUGUGAGUGCAACUUUUUGCAACCAUACUUGUAAUGUAGAAACAUUUUUUAACUUCCAAAGCCAUUAAUCAAGGAGACAGGAAAACAUUUCCAGAGAGAGCUACAGUGAUUUUUUUUUUCAUCAACAAUAUGCAGGUUGUUGUGGCCAGGGCUUUAAUGUGAAAGCAGCACCAGUGAAUACUUUAAUUCUGAUGGAAAACUAGUUACAGUCAGAAUGCAUUGAAGGUUUAGCUGUAAUCAGAAUUUAUCACAUGUUUGGUGGAUAUCGCUAGUAUUCUGUAUACAGUAUUUGUCCCUGCUCUGUUUGUGCUACAGGUCAAAUGUAAGCCACUACACAGUCUCAGUUCUGUCAUACAGUGAGUCAUACAGACAGGACACAUGUAGUUGAACCACUGAUGCCAGUGGAAAACAUUUGUCAGUCAAAAACACAACACUGGACAAUUGUAAUCUGGUCAUGAUGGAUAACUUCUGCCAUCUAGAGGAUGUCAUGAGAAAGUAUAUUUCUUUUCACUUAUCUGCUGCAAUAUGAAAUGAUUUUUUUUUUUAAAUCAGCGUUGAACAAGAAUACAUGUUGGUUCACAACUACUUUUUAUAUGUCAAUUCUUAUAAAAUGUAUAAAAGGCAGCAACGUAGGAAUGUAAAUUAUUUUCCUGCUGAAGUUGGCACUGAAAUAGUUUUUUGGUACGAGGUCAAAAAAACAACACAUAUUGUACUUACAGUAUAGUAUGGGAAGUAAAUAUAUAAAACAUUAAAGUAUAAAACAAGAAUAAUGUAAUAAAAAUAACUGUUACAUGUUUAAUUCUAACAAAACCUAAAAAUUAUUUUGCUACUGUAUGUGUGCCCUAACACUUUCUCUCUUCCUGUUUGAGACACAACCAUUAAUUCAUCCAUAAACUGAUUUAUAACUCUUAUGUGACAUUUACACUAAUGUGUGUAAGUAGAACUUGAAGAGCAUUAUCUCUCAUAAUAAUGUCCACAUAUUUUCUUGCAAAGCACUAUGUCACCACACUGUAUUGCUUGAAAUCUGACAGCUGGUCUGGAGUCAGAUCCACUAAUUUACGCUGCUAUUAUCUAUGAUUGUCACACUAGGGAGCAGUACUUUUACAUUACUCGUUUAUUUGUUUUGAAACUAUUUUGAGAAUCAAAAACCGUUAAUAUUUUCCAGUUAGCAGGGACCAGGACUGCGCCUUUAAUGGCAUAUUUUCAAUGGAGACUUAUUGUAGCUCUGGAACACAGAACACACAGUACACAGAUGCCAAGGUUUGAAAUCAGCAAGGGUUUACAAUCUGCUACAUGCAAAUUUACAAAAUCCAAGCAAAAAACCCAGGAAUGUUUCUGUAUCACCUGUUGUGCACUGUCUGUCUGUCCAUCCCUCCAGUGAGAUUCAAGAAAAUUGAGCAAUUUUCACUGAAUACUCUGUGAAAGAUACUGUUUUUCUUGAAGUCAGAAGGUUAGAUGGAUAUGAGGUAGCUGCAAAGUUAAACAGAAUGAAGCACUAUUACUGACUGGCUUGAUUUAAAUGCUCACUGUAAAAGCUUUUUAAUGUCGCCUACCUUUAUUUUUCGGCAUGACUGCUACUUGCAUGCCCUGCCUUUAUGAACUGUGCACAGUAGCUAUAGGCCUUUCUAGAGAUAAUGACAAUAGUGCAAUCUUAUAUACCUUUAAAAAAUACGGAAGGAAUGUAUAUUUAUUGAAUAUUCUUGUUAAUGCACACUACCGAAUGAUCCUGAUUGCUAAGUUUUUACUCUUAAUAAAAAACUCUUAGCUUAUUG